UCUGCCAGUGCUCGUCGAGCUCGCGCCCUUUGCGCACAGCAUCCUCUGCUAUUUUUUUCAACCCUUGCAUCCUGCCCGUAACCCUCGACACCAGUCUCGCUCUCGCUCCUUCCUGGUACCUACGGUCUAGCAAUAGUAGCCAUGCGGGCCGGUCGAUUUCUUUUGUGGAAUAGCGCAUCAAGACUGGACGACACGUCUGCACCAAGAUCUAGCGCCAGAUCCCCAUCACGCUCGCAGUCAAUAUCCCCUCAUUGGCUCUUCCUGUCAAUCCUCCUUGUCAGUUAUUCCUAUUGGCGCGGCCUUCAUAUUCUUUUUCCAGUAAUUUCUGCUGCAUCCUGGAUUUUUCCCUCUUGGUCUAGCUUGGAGCUCCACCUCGUGCACGCUACCCUGCUAUCAAUGUCUACAUACAUGUUACUGUCAUUGAAUUUCAUAUUGCAUCCUCAUCAUCGUUCAUGGUUUAAAUUUCAUUGUUGAGGAGAUGCUACACUGCAAACCCAAGUUUUGUAUGGGAGAGAGUGGCAGGCACGAGAGAGAUGAGGACACGAGGAUGAAGAAGUCAAAAAGUGGUAUAUGGGGAAGUGCUGUCCCAAGGAAUGCACUCGACCAUGAGCGUCGUUGCGGUGACUCCAAUCGAGGUUUGUCCGUCCGUGCUGAGUGCUAAUGUCCGUAGGCCGUAGGAAGCGAAAGCGCGCAUGGGGGUGGGGAAGAAUCCGGAGCAGCUAGCUUGACGAUGGCCCGGCGUUCAAGGGAGUGGCGCGAACAGCGCAGCAAAGGUAUGCGCAGGAGCAGUGAAUGUUAACUGCGACUUAUGGAUAGCGAGGAAAUGUACUUACUGCGCGGUGGUUGAGGUCUCUGCCACUGAUGUAAUUGACCGCAGGGACUCGUUUUUU